AUGCCGCAGAGAUCGGCCAGUACCCGCACUGGGCUGGAGGAUCAAGAAGAGGGCGAUCUAAGUCGGUACUUCAAUUCAGCCAUGAAGAAGUACGAGGCGGAGCAACGUACAGCUCAGCGAAUGAAUCGACAGCCAAACCGCUACCCAGAUCGACGUACUUUGCUCCAACCUUCACACGAAAGCCUUGACAUGCCGGAUGUGGAGAUGGAGUCGGUGGGGUCGGACAUUUACCAACAUAUCCAUGAGGCGGCGGAAUACGACCCGGAUGAUCUAUGGAUGCCCGAACCACUGCGCCCUCAAGUAGCCGCGACCGGUGCGACUACCGGAGGGGGAAACAUCACGCAGAGGAUCAGAAUCUCAGCGAUUUCUGAGCUGAAAGAAUUCUCAGGGAAGGAUCGGGAAGAAGACAAAGCACGGACCUGGAUCGGCAAAGUGAAAUCAGCGUUUAUCCGGGACCAAGCACCGGACGAGGAGAGAUGUCUGGUCUUCGGUGAUCUCAUGGUGGGCCCAGCCCGCUACUGGUACCGACAGCUGAGUAGAUCGACGAGAUUCAAUUGGAAAGAAUUGAUGAACAGUUUUCUUGUGGAGUAUGCGGGACACGGGAUGCCCGCGAGCAGGCAAUACUACCAUGCAAAGAAACGAUCGGAGGAAGAUCCUUUGCAGUACCUGUAUCGGCUUAAUGUGAUGGGAAUGCAGGCGAAGAUACCGGUGAUGACUGGAUUGCCAGCUGCGCGCAAGGAACAUGUCAAUCAUUUCAUUGACACCUUGGACGACCCCGAUCUGUCCAAUCAAUUGCUACUGCUGAAUGUGAAGCUGACUGCGGAGGGAGGGCAUGGAAAAGACACUGGACGGAUAUCAACAAGGGAGAUGUAG